AUGACUUUUCUUUAUGAAGUCCUUAGAAUUCUCUAUCUCAAUCAAAUUGUUAUUGGGAUUCUAGGGAACUCUUUCCUCAUAUUCCUAUUCAGUUUUAGGUUCAGCAUAGGUCAAAAGAUAAAACCUAUAAUUCUGAUGCUCAUCCAUCUACUCUUUGCCAAUAUAAUUUUCCUUCUUUUCAGAGGAAUCCCAAAAAUAAUUGAAGUUUGGAAGUUAAAACAUUUUGUGGAUUACACUGCUAGUAAAACCAUCUCUUACCUGCAGAGAGUGACCAAAGGCAUUUCCCUCUGCAGUUCCUGCCUCUUGAGUGUCUUCCAGGCCAUCACCAUCAGUCCAAGUAAUCACAUGAGACCAGAGCUCAAAGCAAGAGUUCCAAAAUGUGUCUUACCCGGCUGUUUAUUCUGCUGGAUUUGUAAUCUGGUGAUGGAUAUAGUUGUGCCUGUAUAUGGUACUGGUUCAAGCAACACAACACAUGGUAAAGAGAGCUGGCAUAUUGGUUUUAAUGCUUUAGACCUCUAUCUAAUCAAGACUUUAAUAUUCCUUAUUUGGAAAUUUGUUUAUGAUAGUGUCUUUGUGGUUCUUACAGCCAUUAACAGUGGUUACAUGACAUUUGUCCUCUACAGGCACCACCAGCGAAUCCAAAACAUUCAAGUCACUGAUCUGUCCCACAGGAGCUCCCCAGAAGUCCGAGCCACAAAAACUAUCCUGCUACUGGCCAGCACCUUUGUCAUCUUUAAUUUAAUUAGUUCCACGUUUAUGAUUUAUAUGACCUUUACAAAAGUAGCCAGUCUUGUAGUACUUAAUGUUUCUGCUUUUCUUUCUUUGUGGUUCCCAACAGUCAGCCCCUUUAUUCUCCUCAGCAGUAACACCUGGAUCACUAGGUUCUGCUGCAUUUGUUGA